AUGCAUUUGUAUGAAUUAAAUCACCCCCCCCCAAAACCCCGAUUCCCCACGGAUCCCGGGACCUUGUUGGCGGGAGUCGGGGACUUCGUCUCUGACGGGUUGCAGGGUGGAAAUAUUUCAGUCCCCCUUCAAUGGAGCCAAAGGCAGUUCUCUCUUGUUUUCCGCUGUGUUAAGUUCUGGCAGGAGCGAGAAUAUUGGCGAUGUUGGGCCUUUGUUUUCUUUGCAGAGUUGCUCCACUCUGGGUUUCGUCACAGCUUCACUAUAGCUUCAGGCCCCAUCGCAGCUUUCUUAGAAUCGACAUCACCCGGCUCCCGUCCGUGGAGCCUACGAGUGCGCCCCCCAGUGUGUGCCGCAGCGGUGGGUGUGACGGCAUCGACCACUGCUGGGGUGACGGAGAUGAUGAACUGCACUGCGGUAGGAGAGAGCACGUGCGCCGAGGCUACUUCCACUGCGCCGAGAAACAAGUGCAUCGCGGAGCAUCAGGUGUGCAACCGAUACGACGACUGUGAGGGCGGCGAGGACGAGAUCAACUGCCCCGUGAACCCCCCGCCAUGUCCCGACGGCAGCUUCCAGUGCCCUGACGGAGGCCCCUGCAUCCUGGAACAGUUCGUGUGCGACGGAUACAUGGAUUGCUAUGGAUCCGAGGACGAAACCGGCUGCACCACUUGCAACGGCGGCUUCCACUGCGACGACGACACCUGCGUCUUCGAGAUCUACAUGUGCGACGAGAGGGAGGACUGUCCCAACGGCGAGGAGGAGGCGGCAGAGGAUUGCGAAUGCAGGGACACGGACUUCAUCUGCGACAACGGCCACUGUCUCCCGGACUACAUGGUGUGUGACGGGAAGCCCCAUUGCCACGGCGGAGAAGACGAAGCGAACUGCGGAGAUGCCAAGCAGACCCGCCCCGCCCUUCGCCCCCGCCGCGUCCUCGACCCGCGAAGGACCCGAGCACAGAACGCCCUCCUCGCCAAGCUGGCCAAGUAUCGCAGGAACUAAGGACUCGUAAGGACUCGUCUCGUGCCUCCCGACGCAGGAACUAAGGGCUCGUCUCGUGCCUCCCGACGCAAGAACUAAGGACUCGUCUCGUGCCUCCCGACUCUCCUGCUCGCCAAGCUGGCCAAAUAUCGCAGGAACUAAGGACUCGUAAGGACUCGUCUCGUGCCUCCCGAGUCUCCUGGACCUCCCUGGGAAUCCCUUUGGAAAUCCUGACGAGGAAUCUUACCUUCGUUCCUCGUCAGGUUCUCUCUCUCUUCUUCUUCUCUAGGGGGAAAAAUAAUGUAAAAGUCUUGCUGGAAUAUAGAUAUAAAACAUACCAAGA